ACAACUCAGAAAUCGAUAAAAUUUAUAAAGGAUUAAAAGGUUUACAGAAGACUUAAUAAAAGGAAUAUGGAGAAUAUUAAGCAAAUAGGAGAUAAAUUUUUAGUAUUAACCAACAUGAAAUACUUCAUAAUAAUGUUUGGAUUAUCAUUAAUAUUAUACUUAGGAGAUGUCGUAUUAAACAUAAGAACAUGUUGUAAAAUAGACCCUUUAGAAGGAAGCGGGUUUUUAAUAAAAACUAGAGGAUGUUCGAUUCCCAAUUAUCUCACAUUUAACGUUAAGGUAAACCGAAGAUACGUUAACAAUUUUCAAUCUGGACGUUGUUCACCGGAUGUAACAAAAUUUGUACAUUCCAAAACUUGGCACCAAACCAAUAUCAUUUACAUCGAUUCAAAACUGGUUCAAAAUUUAUUCGAAAAUCAAGAAAACUUUUCAUGCUCCUAUUCCCCCUGCAAUAAAGAAGAUUUAGAAAACUGUUUUAACGAGAAAUACUUAUUAAGGGCAGCUGCGAGAAUAACCGAUCUUUACGUAUUAGUAGAUUGUAGUUAUAACAAUAGGAUAAUUUUCAAUGAUUUUUUUACGUUUCCCUCAAAUAAAGAAUUAUUACCGAGACUCGAUAAGAAAAAAUCGAAAAAUCAACUUAAUGUAGUUGUUUGGGGACUUGAUGGUGUUUCAAGGCAAGGAUUUCAUCGCCAUUUUCAACGUACAGCAAGGAUAAUGGCAAGAUUACAAGCAACUCAAUUUCUUGGAUAUACUAAAAUUGGUGAAAUUGCUUUUUCGAACAUAAUUCCUUUAUUAACUGGUGUAAAAGAUUAUCGUGAAAUUAAUUCAUCAAUUUUUUCCGAUUUUAAAAAUAAAGGGUAUUUAACAUCGUUUGCUGAGGAAGAAAAUAAAUUUAUAAAUCUUUUUCCCUUCGAAAAAUUUGAUUUCUAUUGGAACACUGAAUAUUUAAAUUUAUCUAAAAAUGAUUGCCCCCAAAAUAAGUUGUUUGAGUACUCUGAAAGACUUUUUAUGUAUUUGCAUCAAAAAGAAAGGGAUUUCUUCGGAUUGUUUUGGUCUAAAAAAUUUAAUUAUCUCGAUGUAUAUUUAUCACGGUUAUUAAUAAAAUUAGAACAAUCAAAUGUGUUAAAUAACACUAUUUUUAUAUUGGUGAGUGAUCAUGGCGAUCAAAAUAACAAGUUAAGGUUAACGCAUUUAGGAAGUAUCGAAGAUCGUUUACCUUUAUUGUACGUUUAUUUUCCUUUGUGGCAUAAACAAAGUUUCAAGGAAGCUCAUUGUAACUUGAAAAGAAACGCCGAAAGACUUGUUACAACUUUCGAUAUCCAUAAAACGUUACAAACAUUAACAGAUCCGUUUAAUAUAAAUUACGAAACGAAUGAUUUUAAUCUUAAUAAAAGUGUCAGUUUGUUUUCACUGAUUUCAACAAGAAGAACAUGUGAAACUGUUGAAAUUUCAUCACAUUUCUGUAGUUGUAAUGGAUUUAAAGAUGUUGGAGUUGAAGAAGAUGUAUCAAACGAAAUUAUGGAUUACGUAAGAGAAAUUAGCAAUGAUACAACGAAAAUUUUAACAAAUCGAUUACAUUUACCACCAAUUGGGUUUAAUCAAAAUUUUGCGGAUUACACAGUUUUAUUUUCAUCGAAUUAUUCUAAUCUACAUUAUGAAGCAACAAUUAGAAAAAUAAAUGGGAGUGAUUAUAAAAAUCAUUUUAAACUUAUUGGAAAUAUUAGUGAAAUUGAAACUCCUGCAAUGUCUACAGUUACAAACACCUUAAAUUAAUCUUUUUAAUUAUUCAUGUGGCUACGAUACUUUACGCUAUUGAUAUGACUUUGGUGAAUUCUUGUACUUCAACUCAACAUGAUGAGGCGUUGAAAUCUAGAAAUGCUUCGUUAUGUCAACCUAGAGAAUGGUUUUUAUGUGAUCCCUCAUCAGUUCGACUUUGUGUUCAUGAAUGUUCUGGAGAUCUAAUUAGUUACCCGGACUUCUCCGGUAAUUUUACGCGAAAAUCAAUGUAUAAUCCGGUUGGUUUGGGAGAUUUAUUGAAAAUUAUCUCAAUGGAUUUUAAUUUUUUAACGAACCUACAUAAAACUCAAUGUUGCUUGGAUUAUCCCAUUUACGUGAACGACAACAAAAAAAUGUGUGUUAAAACUAUGGAUUUAUUGCCGAUUUUUAAUGUAGAAUGUAGCUGUAGAAAAAGAAAUAAAUUUUUUGAAAAUUAGAAUAAUCGGUUUAACAUGUACAAGAAGUUGUAAAUUAAAAAUUAUAUUU